AUGAGAAAGAACAAGGAUUUUUGCAAAGAUGACAUACCAUCGUUCGAUUUGAGAAUAACACAAUUAAAUGAGGAAGAUAAGAGUAUGGAUGUUAAAGAAGGAAGCAAGCCAGUAAUUAGAUAUACAAAAAAAUCUGUAGCGGAAGACAAACUGAAAAAAAGAACUGAAAAAGAUAUUAUGGAAAGAGAAAUGGUGCAUGUUGAUGAGUUGAAAAAUGGGAAAGGUAAAAGGAAGGGGAAACUUGGACAAUUGGUGUGUUCACCAUAUGUAGAUCGGAUAACAGAUGUGGAUGAGGCGGUUAAAGAUGAUGAAAACGUUGUGGCUCAAAGCAUAAUAGCAUGGGGGAAAGAUAAAGGGGAAUUUAUAUGGGAAACUGUUGAUGGUCAUGGAAUGCAUUUGGAAGCUGCACGUUCGUUAGCUAUGAGAAAAAAAGUGCAUACCAAUGUAAUAGACGCGUGGGCUGCUUUCCUUAAUAAAACCGAAGAACUGAAGUCAGAGGCUUCUUACUCUAGGAUGUACUUCACAUGCGAUACGAUUACAGAUUACAUGGUUGAUGAAGCUGUAGAUGAGGAGCUAAGGUACAAUAAAUUCAGAAUUAUGUUUGUAGCUGUGAUUAAUGACAUAACGGACAAACCAGAUUUGAAAACGGUGGACUUGGUUUUCAUACCAAUUAGGUCUGGGACAAUCGAGUCUGCAUAUGGGAAUAGACCACGUAUCCUGAAAAGCUUCUUUUGUCGUUAUCUGAAUAGUGUUGAACACAAAAAAGCAAAUGUGUUACUUAAAAAAGAAGUUGUGGUUAUAAAAAUGAAGUGUCAAAGGAAUAUAGUUGGUGUUGACUGUGGAAUUUUCCUUAUGCGACACAUGGAAACAUACAUGGGAGAAGCGGCACAUAAAUGGGAUUGUGGUCUAUGUUUUGAUGAUAAAAUUCAAGAAAAGAUGUUGGGAAGGUUAAGGUAUAAGUAUCUGGAUAAGUUGAUGAUGUCGGAUUUUAAUGUUAUGAAGAAAACAUUCUUGAAGCAUUAUGCAUCUGUUAAAAAAAUGGAUAGGUUUGAAAGGAUGAAGGUGAUUGAAGAAAAGAAGAAGGAAAUCACAGGUGUGCUGUAG